AGGAUUUAACAGCGGUCACACUCAGCUUCAAAAAAAACGUACAGAUCAAAGGAGAAUAUCACUGGCAUUUUUCGUCUAUUUUAUAGAAAAAACGAAGUAAACAGCUGCAAAUGGACUCGAAUAUUGCAGAUAAUCCGGCAAGCGAUGUUGGCGUCUUGGCGCCGAAUGGUUUGGAAAAUGAGGACGCCAAUCGGAAUUCACAAGUUCCAGUCACUGCGGGCACACCAAUGGCCAGGAAAACACGACGAGCGGUACUCAGAAGGAAGAACACCACCUCCGAGGAUGAAUCUCCUGUACAUUCUGAUGCUCCAAAAACGCCAGGUAUUCCAGGUAAUCUUGGCCCAGCCCCCGAAACCCCGCGACGCAGCUGCCGGAAAAGUGUGCGUCCCACAAUCGACUACGAUGACAUUAUAGUGGGAUCCGCCAGGAAGAUAAUAGCCGAACGCCCUCUAGCCGAAGCCGAAGACGAGAUGCCCUCCACCCAAAAGUGGACAGCUGCCGAGGUGGGCAGGAAUUCGCGAAAGCGCAGCCGCAAGUCCAAGCGCGUGACCACAAAGAAACAGAAAACAGAGCAAGACGUUCCAAAAGUAAGCAUAGAGGAAGAUCAGGAGCUUCCACAAGUUGAUAUGAACGUAAAGCAGCAAAAAGAGAACCAAGUUUUAGAGGAAAAAAAAGUAGAUAACCAGAAAACAGAGCUGGAGACUCCACGGGAUCAGGUGGAAACUCUAAAUGUUAAAACACACGAUAUAGAAGAAGUGGAGAUGGAGAAACCUCAAUUAAAGAGAAAGUCCUCUAGGGCAUUUAAAAAACAAGUUCAACCCAAGGAGAAAAACCCAUCCAAAUUUAAACCUGUAAUUCCUGAAGCCGAUAUAGAUGAACUGGGCUUGUGCCCACUAGAUACAGAUAGCCAGGAAGAAGAUGAUAUAAGAGCUUCACAAUAUAUAGACAAGGUAGUUCAAAAUGAAAACAGCUCAAACGAUGAUCAAAAAGUCGCAGAAAAUGCUGAAACUUCCCAGGAACCAGAUGUACAGGAUAGAAAUUUAGAAAUGGCAGUUAGUGCCAACGAUUACAUUACUCAAUCAGCCCAAGAAUCUGAAAUAGUUGAUGAGCAAACCAUUCCGGAAGAAGAAAUGCCUUCACUACUCGUUGAAAAUGAUGAUCUUGAUGAACCAGAGAAGUCACCGCUCAACACCACGUUCGAUGCAGAUAAGAAAAAUGAUUUGGAUGCCAGUGUUAUCCUGGUUGUGAAUCCCGACAUGCAGCCAGUAGAUAUCGAUGCAAGUCUUAUCCUUGUGGAAAGUCCCGAUAAGCAGCCACGUGUUUCCGUUCCGAUACUUGAAAUUCCUGAACAGAAGCCGGCGAUUAAAGUAGUUCUUACCACUGAAAAUGAUCAGAACCGAACCCUGUUAUAUCUAGCCGAUCUAGCUUCACCGAAGCCCAAACAAUCGAAUGGCUUUCGAUUCCCCACGCCCUAUGAGACAAAACCGUUGCUCAAGUUUACGGAUAGUUCUCAGAAAUUUGACCAAACAUUUAGAGGUCUCGAUAAGGAGGAAGACCAGAAGUAUGAACGCAAACGUUCCAAGUCGUCCAGUGAUUGGAAUGAAACAAUGUCGCGCACUGUAACCUUUCAGAGUCCCGUUGAGAUUGCCAAUCUCGAGGAAAUUGAUGAGCGCUGGAAGGGACUUCAGAAAAAUAAUGUUAAUCAACGCCGUAGGCGCUCAAAGUCGUUGGAUGAGAGUCGCUGCAAAGUGAGCAGAAUUCCGAAGCCCAGCAGAGGAAUUAUACCGGUGACUAGAACCAUUACACCCAGCAAAGUUAACAAGAAACGCACCAAGAUGCCCAAUUUUGCGGCCAUGCACGAGAAGCAGUUCGCCAAGAUGGAGAGCCUACUGGAACAUGUCGAACGAAAGGCGGAACGCGCCAAGGUGCUGACCAAUUCAGUGCUGAAGCAACCAGGAUCGACGGCCAAGAAACAACAACAGAAUCCCGCUUCUGUAGAAGAUCGCCCUCGUCCAAAGGCGCUGAAAAAGAUCGACAUGACCGCCAAUCGAGCCGUAAUAAUGGAAGUUCCCGCCGAGAAGUUUAACUCAAGUCGUUUACCCUUAAAGACUACCGCGCACGCCCUCAAUGCAGCCCCGAAACCAGCUUUUAAUCUGUCCACCUCCACGCUGAAGACAUUCAAUGCCACGUUUACCAACUAUCCGGCGGAAUCCCAUGAUAACAAGCUGGCGGAGCGACGCCAGCGACGCAUUGAAAUGUUUAAGGGCAGAAACACAACGAAGGCCCAAAACAAAAAGGGAGAGUUCAUCAGAGGAGUGCGCCUGAAUCGACGUUUCGAGCUCCAGAUGCAACACCGUCGACAUUUGGAGGAGUAAUAUUUUCUUACGUUUUAUCGUUAAUCUUAUCUUAUCUUAUAUACACAUACAUAUUUGCUUUAACUUUGUCAGUUUUGUCAGGAUUUGUCAAAAAAGGAGACCAUAUUCCUGCUGGAUCCAAUAAAUUUGUUUUCCUUUGU